CGAGCAUGGCUAUGGCGGCUUUGCAGCCGAGUUGGCCGGUUUCGCUGAGGGUUCUUCUCCUAACGACGUGGAGUUGUAGGCUCUUCUCUUGGGAAGGAGGGGGAGGAGGGGGAGGAGGAGGAGGAGGAGAGGGGGUGGGAUGGGCGGAAUGUGCGUCCGUCCCGACGAGUCCCUCUCUCUCCGUGCCGAUCCAGACGAGAGAGAAGGUGGAGCAGGACACAAGGCUAUGGGCGCUUCGCUUGAGGAAGGCUCAUGCCAUCAUCACGCCACCGGGAACGCCGACGCCUUCUCCUCGACAGGCAGGGGCUCCUCUCCCACCAUGCAAUGCGACGGUGGGUGUUGGGAAGAAUGCCACGUACACGUCCAUCCAAGGUGCUAUCAGUCAGAUACCGAGUAGUAGGGGAACGAGGAGGUGGGUUAUCUGUGUGACCGAUGGCACGUACAGAGAGAAGGUGAAGUUACGCUCGUCCUGUACCUACGUCACCCUCGUCGGAGUCUCACGGGACCCAACGAAGGUCGUUGUCUCGUGGGAUGACACUGCAGGCUCUCCCUCUCCGACUGCAACUGGGGUUGGCAGUACCACCUCCCCCUCCACCUUGGGAACCUUCGACUCCUACACCUUUGCAGCCGAGGCCUCUUACUUCACCGCUAUGUAUAUCACCUUCUCCAAUACCGCCCCUCGCCCGAAUGAUGGUUCUGAGGGCGGCCAAGCCGUCGCUGUCAGAGCCAGCGCUAAUUACAUGUCCUUCUACCACUGCAGUUUCCUUGGGUUCCAAGACACUCUCUAUGCUCAUCAGGGUACGCUCUACUUCCGCAAUUGCUAUAUUCGAGGAAGUGUGGACUUCAUCUUUGGCAAUGCCACAGCUUGGUUUUACGACUGCAGUCUGUAUGCUAACGUGGCGAGCAAAGGCUACUUGACAGCUCAGAAUAGAGGAUCGCCGACGGAGAGAUCAGGAUUUGCGUUCUAUAAGGGAUCGGUGAGGGGGACGGGAGUGGUAUACCUCGGCCGGGCGUGGGGAAUAGCCUCGAGAGUGGUGUUUUAUGAAGUGUUCCUUGACAGUAUCGUAGCCCCUGAGGGAUGGGAUAGUUGGGGGAAAUCCACGGAUGCCAUAUUUUACGCGGAGUAUAACUGCAUGGGCCCUGGGUCCGCGACUGCAGGGCGAGUGAACUGGUCGAUCAAGCUCACGGCGGAGGAGGCGAGGAUCUUCGGCUCAUGUGAUUUCAUCGAUGCCAAGAAGUGGCAGGACCAGACCGGACUUCCGUCGUCAGCCCGAGCUUGCUAGAUCACCACGCUCCGCAGCUGUUCAGAUUGCAAUCGCCUGACCGACUGCAUGCAACUUCUACUCGUGCAAGUGCAAGUGGGAAUGAGCGUGGGACUCUGUGGGAGUGGGAGUGACACCUGCUUGUAACCCUCUGCCCCUUCGGCCCGUCAGCGCCGCCGGUAAGGUGCGGUUAUGUAAG